AUACACAGCUGCUGAUGCGGUGCUGUUACAAAGAACAAAAAAACUGGAUGUUAAUUGUUUUCAAUUAUUUUUACCACUAUUUGAAAUUUACCAGUUCAUUGAAGAUGGACCAUUAUUAACUCAACUUUUAAGGUUCCAACAAACAUUACAACAUUCCAAUAAUUUAGAAUUCUAUACUGACAGUUCUUUGGUUGGGGUGGGAACUAUACAAAUGUCAAUGAGCUUCGCAAUACUACAAACAGCAUUGAAUGCUCCCCAAAUAUCUUUCUCUGCUACAAUAGAAAAGUGGCCAUUGUUGACAUGUGCUGAAGUAGCAGCAAUUAUUAUAGCAUUAUUAAUUUCUCCAAAAAACUCACAAAUCACUAUUUUCACAGACAGCAAAGCUUCUAUCAAACAUUUUAAUACACUACAAAAUUCCAAGUAUCUGUUGAUGCCAAGGAAUAUAUUUAAAGGAGCUUCAAACAGUUUAUUAUGGACAAUUCUUAAUGACAUUGUCAACAUUAAUAAUAUUAACUUAAAUUUUGUUAAAGUCAAAGGUCACAGUGGUGACCAUUUUAAUGAAUUAGCCAGAUUGACGCAUGGUUAUGAUUCAUUGCCAAUAGCUUUUAUUCCAGACAAUUUAUUUUCAAUCUCAUAUAUUCCAUGUUGGAACAAUAACUGUAGAAAAGCAUUUAUGACAUUUUAUUACAGAUUUAUCGAGAAAUCAAGGAUCAAAUAUCUAACUAAAGAAUUACCUACAGUGGAGCACGUUAAAAAAAGAUGUCCUGACUUAUAUAAACAUUGGAAUUGUCCAAUGUGUCAUGAUGAAAUAGAAACUUUUGAACAUGUAUGGAAAUGCAAAAGUCAUAAAGCUAUUAUAGAUUCAAUUAUUUUUAAUAACCAAAAACAUUUAGUUAAAUUGGUUAAAAUGUUUACAAACAACAAAUGGUUUUCAACAAGUGAUCUUCAAAUUAAUCCAUAUGGAAAAUUAAUAGCAAUGAAGAUGAAUAUAGAACAAUUUAUAUGUUCCUCUAGUCCUAGUAUUAAUAAUAGAAAUAAUAAUCAACAUAGUUUAGCUUCUGGUCAAGAGGGAGUUUGUAAAUCUAUAAUAUUAGAGGAGGAAUGGUUACAAUAUUAUUCAUUAUUAAAUAGCGACGAAAAUCUCAAAUUUAACAAGAAGUAUUUUGUUGAUAAUCUUAAUGGUUAUUUAAAUGCAGUAACUGAAAUCAAAGAAAAAAUAUCUAAAAACAAAAAUCCAAAAAUCAAAAUGCUUGAAGAAAUAUAUGAAAAAGCUUUGAAAGAUUUAAAUACUGCGAUUAAUAUAGAAAGAUAUAUGUCAGUUGAAAAGUUGAGCAACCAAUUUCAAAAUUUGAUGAAUCAAAAGGAUAUGGAUGCGGAAUUAAUUAUCAAUAUACUUAAAAACGAAUUCACUAAAAAUAGAAUUUCUGACUCUCAGACAAAAAAAAUUGCAAAGGAAGUAUUUAAAGCAAAUAAAAGAGAAGAAAUUAAAUUCUCAUUGUGUAAAAUAAUUGAAGAAAAGGAUUUAAUUGACCUCAAAAAAUCAGAUGCUGAUUCUGUUCGUGGAAAAGUAUUUAAAAAAUUGUUUAAAGAUACUAUAAAAGUUGCUUGUGUGCCCUUUGAGGCACGGCUGUACGAUGAGAAAGGAUUGAAAGCAACUCUAGCAAUUUUAAGUGAAUUACAUUCAUCAGAUAGUAUUAUAAAAUUUCAUGGCACAUCGCGUGUUAAUGAUAAGGAUGUAUUAAUAUUUGAUUGGGCACAUAUAGGAAAUUUAAAAUAUGUAUAUGGAGAAUAUAAACAAAUUUCUUGGAUAAAAAAAUUAAAUAAUGAUUAUGAAAAAAUUUUUCAACAUGUCUUGAAUGGUGAAAGAGAAGAGUUAUGUUUUGAUUAUAAGCAUUCAAGUGACAUUCAACAUUGCUUUAAAGAAAUAAUUUCAACUGAAUCAUCAACAGUGGCUAUCUUAAAAAAUUCCACAACUUUGGAGCAUGACCCAUCUAUUGCCAAAGAAUGUGUUGAAUAUUUUGAAAUGGCUUCUAUGAAUGGAGUUUCAGAAGCUAUGAUUUGUCUAGGAGAUAUUUAUCGUGAUGGUAAAUACAAUUUUGAAAAAGAUAAAGAUCGAGCAAGAUCUUAUUAUAAAAAAGCUGCAAAACAUGGUAAUGCUGAUGCAAAAAAUAGACUUGAAGAAAUAAGUAAACUUAAAAAUUCAGUUUAA